AGAUGCGCUGAUAGAUUGCUACUAUGGAAAUUAUAAAAUACAUGAUAUUACAACAAUAUUAAAUGGAUAUAAAUAUAGCCCGCAACACAUACAUAGGAAAGUUGUUUAUAGUCGUCAGCAGACAACAUUACCCAUGAACAAAUGGUGUACAUUUGCAUUUAAAGGAAGCCAAAUGAGAACGCUUAGACGAGGAAACACUAUCUGAGAUAGGAACCAUCUUGCUGGUGUUAAGUCUUUGGUUGUACUUUAACCCUGUGCUCGCCUCUCGGAGAUCGACCCUCCUGCAGUGCGAACAGUCUGCGGGCACAUUCACCAACAAGUGCAGUUAUGGCUGAUGUGGGCAAAACCCAGAGGGUGCAGCUGCACGCCCCGGGCCUGGAGGAGCUGCGUGGUGUGUUGCAAGCAGGACUGGAGGGCAACUUCGCAGAAGUUGAGGUGAGUGUUGUGGAGUGUCCAGAUCUCACCAAAGGACCAUUCCACUUCCCUGUCAAAGGCUUGUGUGGAAGUCCUCGCAUCACUGAUGUUGGCGGUGUGCCGUACCUGGUUCCCUUGGUCCAAAAGCACAAGGAAUACAACAUGAACACUAUUUCUAAAGAGUUGGAGCUGCCUGGAGCGUUCAUCCUCGGUGCGGCAGCUGUUCCCUCCAGGAUCGUUGGGAUGAAUGCUGAGCUGAUGCCCGUGGUUCUCACAGAAGCAGAGGGGAGGCCCGCGGUGAACAGCAGUUACUUCUCCUCCAUCAAUCCGACCGAUGGACAGUGUCUGCAAGAGAAGUACAGCGACAAAUUCUCUGACUGCAGCUUUGGACUGCUGGGCAAUCUGUAUGCCUGCGAAGGGCAGUCCGGAAAGGUCAUAGAGGUGCGGGCCAAGAAGAGAACGGGAGGCCACAGUCUCGUGACGGCCUUGAGGACGACUUUGGAAGGCCACUACCCCGAUAAAAGCCUGGCUCUAGGGGGCACCUUCAUCAUCCAGAAAGGGAAAGCUAAAAUCCACAUCAUGCCAAGAGAGUUCUCAGUCUGCCCCCUCAACACCAACGAUGAGGUCAACAACUGGCUCAAGCACUUUGAGGUCAGCGCUCCACUCAUCUGCCAGUCGGUGCUCGUCUCCAGAGAUCCUGGUCUGGACCUGCGUGUGGAGCACACCCACUGCUUCAGCCACCACGGGGAAGGUGGCCACUACUACAUAGACACCACACCUGACAGUGUGGAGUACCUGGGCUACUUCAUGCCUGCAGAGUUCAUCUACCGCAUCGACAGACCCACAGAGACGCAUGUAGUUGGACGAGAGUGAAACCCUUGAAGAGAUUCAUAAAUCCUGUUUGCAGCAUAGCAUCUUUUGUUAAUCAAAAGUUAUCAAACAGUUUGUGAUUUAUAGUAUUUUCUAUGCAUUUUGAUACCCCACAAAUAACUUUGACAUUUUAAAAAUGAAAAUGAUUAGUUAACAUUACUCCUGUGAAUCACAUUUCUCUCUCAAGAUUCUUCCACAUUUGAUACAAACAAUAUCACAGAAUUUCAUGAAAUAAAUACAGCUGUCGUCCAUUUGCAUAAUUUUGUUUUAUCUUACUUGCUGUAUUAAACGUCUUUAUAGGAGUGUG